UCUUUACAUUAUAUUAUACUACACUAGAUGUUCUGUGAGAAACAACACAGAGACAAGUUGACUGUUUUUAGGGUUUUACUGAGUGACUCAUGCUGCCUGAAUCAGCUCCAAGAUAAUGACUGUUCUAUCCAGCGACAAUGAUUGUUGUCUUGAUUGAUAUCUGUAGCCAUCUUAAACCCAAAUUACAAAUAAGGUACAUCAAAAUGGUAUCCUGUUAAUCAGGUAUUUAUCUACCCAGGGGUCUUGCUGUUCAGUUGGGGUAAUUACAGGCCCCCUAUUGGUCCAUCAGCUGGCUGUACAGGAGCCAAUACCGGAGCUUGUAACAGCAUGCUCCAGCCAUACGACAUGCCUUUUGUUUUUUAAUGAUCAAGAAGCUCCUUAAAAAUGUUGCCCAGCGCUCCUCUCCUAUACAAGGGAGCAGAAAGGUAGGGCACACACAGCUCGGUGAGCUAUACCCCCCCCACCCCCAAACCAAUCAACCCAGAGAGCCACUGGCUCCUUCAGCAUCUCAGGAAAACAGAGCUUCACUUGAACAACAGCAGACAGACAAAGCUGAAAAUGGCACGGGCAGGAAGACUAACGUUUUCCCUGAUCUACACUGGAAUCCUCCUAGUGUUAUCACUAGAGUUUCUGGGGGCCGGCCCGGUGAGGCAGAAUGUGGAGGAGGAGGGUGAGUGAGGGGGACUGGUUUGAAUGAGACAACAAGGGGAACAUGUAUAUUAGCAUGUACAGGACCAGUCAAGCUGUUUGAGAGAAUGCCAAGACUGUGAAAAGGGCGGCUACUUUGAAGAAUCUAAAAUAUAACCAUUUUUGGGUUGCUACAUGAUUACAUAUGUGUUAUUUCAUAGUUUUGAUGUCUUCACUAUUAUUCUACAAUGUAAAAAAUAGUACAAAUAAAGAAAAACCCUUGAAUGAGUAUGUGUGUCCAAACUGUGGUACUGUGUACUGGACAGUAUGUUAUACUAAAAGAUUUACAGACAUAAACAGUUAACUCACUUACUGUGUGAUACCAUUAUACAUACACCCUUACAGUACACACACAAACAGCCAUAUAGUGGUGUACUCACACAUACUCAUGUACAGGUGUUGAUGUUUAUAUUUAAUCUAAUAUGGCUCUUUUUGAGUCCACAUUCUCUUCUUAAUAUAUGCUGUCUUUCUCUCUAUUGUAUCAGCAUCGUCAGUAUCCAGGGAUGUCCGCAGCAAGAGGAGUCUUCCUGUUCACAUGCCCGUCCUCCAGCGGCUCCCUGACUUCUGGGGGUGGUACAGAUUCUUCAUGGAUACUGGUAACCAGGAAGGAGUCGAGGAUCUGGACAAGAUGUACAUGAUCUACCUGCAGAACAAGCACCGCUCUGAGGAGCGUCCCACCUUCAACCACUACCUCACCCACCUCAGUGCUAUCUACAAGACCUGCGCCGAAUCCGACGACCCAGAGUGCAUCGCCGAGUCCACCAGCAAGCCCAAGGCCAAGGUGUUGAUGCCCUCGCCCAUCAAGACUGCCACAGUCGGAAUGUGCAACCCUUAUAUCGACCCCUACUGCCUCUUCCCCAUGGCCCCUAAGAUGGCUGCCCCAAAGCCUCCUCUGACUCCAGCCCCGGCUCCGGUCGAAGCUGCCCCAGUGCCUGUCCUGACCCCCUUCCUGCCGUACCCUCUGAAGACCCCCACAAGGUUCUACUACGCCCCAGUCCUGGAACCCUUCCUCACCGCUGAGCAGGAGACGGAGCUGCUACGUAUCUGUAACCCUGACGACACCGAGUGUCUGCAGUACCACCUGCGCGCCGCCUACGGCUACAGGCCCGCAACUGGACCCGCUCCGUCCUAUGCUGCCCUGGGCUGCGAUCCCACCAAGGACCCCUACUGCCGGCCCCAGCUGGUGAAGAAGGCCCCCUCCGGCUUCUUCCACCUGUACCCCAACUGCGACCCGGCCACCGACCCCCUGUGCAUGGCUAGCGUAGCGACCCCUCCUCCCGCUCCCCUGGAGACCCCCAAGGAGCAGCACUGCAACCCCCUCUUUGACAAGGGCUGCAACCCCCUCACCGCAACCAAGCUGGCGGGCCUCACCAAGCCCAUCCUGGAGUACACGCCAAAAGACGUACCGGCACCGGCCCCCGCCCCUCUGGCAUGUGACCCGCGCUACGACCCAUACUGCCUGCUUGGUGCCGCCGCCGCCCUCCAUAAGGCCCCACCAACGCUGCCUCAGUUCCAGAUCCGCUCCCGCCUGGGCGUCCCCGGGAAGACCAAGGAGGGCCAUGACUGUUACAUGCACUACGACAAGGACUGCACUCCUGUGGAGGCCAGCGACGAACCCAAGACCCCCGCCGUACCCCAGUGCCACCCCUACGACUUCACCUGCAACGGCAUGUCCGCCCCCGCUACCCUCACCGCCGAGGCCAACAAGCCCAAGAGCGGCGUGAUCUUGCCCGAUCCCGACUGCGACCCCGAAUACGACUACAACUGCCGCCUUCGUCGCGCCGAGGACUCCCCCGCUGCGAUGGAAUCAGCGGCCAAGGAGCCCAAGGAGAAGCCGGUGCAGCAGAAGGCCGGGCCCGGGUACGCUGUCCCACAGUUCGAAGACUUCCUGAGGAGUUACAUGGCCAUGGGCCAGUACAGGAAGAAGUACAUUUAAAAAAACACACGUCAAACAAAUGUCAACUAGACGCUAGAUCGCUAGAACUGGAAGAAAGUGAGACAAGUUAAUGUGUUACACACACACACACACACACACACACACACUCCUAUGGUCCUCCCAAGGUGCUAAAAUAUCUCCCAUGGUCCAAUACUGCUAAAGCAGGACGGCUAGUGUCUUAUCAACAGGAAGUUCCAGACCUGCAAUAGUUAAUCAGAUUUUCUCAAUUACAGUGCCUGAAGGUAUAUAAUUUUACUGGCUGUGAUAUACUGGCUGUGAUAUCCUGGCUGUGGGAAACCCAACAUGAGUCCCUCUAGGUUUUAUGGUCCCAUAGAAGUCUAUGUGAAAGUUGUGCAUUUAAUACUACGUUUGUCUGUAGGAACACAUGUCUGUAUUGUGUUUGUAGAAUAGGGGUAGCUAAUAUACUUGAAGACGGUCUAAUCUAAGUUUGUGUCAGUAUGUUUUCUGUGGUUGUACAUUGUCCAUUUCCAGUGUUUUGUGAACAUAGUCUCUCUUGAGUGUAUUUAAUGUUGUUUUCAUAGCUUUUCUAAAACCUGUCAACCUCAAACCCUCUGGUUAGUUGUUUUAUUUUAGUUCCAAAUAAAAAGGUUUUGAAACAAGCUCCCAUUUUCUUAUGGAAACAUUAAUUAAUACCCUAACUACACAACAUUACCGAUAUAUCACAGUGGUUCUGAUAAUGUGUGAAAACACAGUAAAAAGCCAUUGCAUGUCAUAUUAGCAAACAUGUUCAGCAUUUUAGAGGUAAGAAUACUCAGUGUUGGUCAUCUCCUGAAUCCAGCAGUGGAAUCCAGGGGUGUGGUAAGGCUACUGUAGAUGUAUCCAGAACGUCAGAAUGAGUAUCAAUAUCAUGACAGGUCUUCUCUAUGACGGAAAGCUAACUGAAACAUCAUAUAAAGACUCAGAUGUACAAGACGUAAUAUGUAUUUCCACUCAGCCAUGGACUCAUUGUUUACACUUCAGGGCUUUUCUUAGACAGUAUCCUCUGUAAUUAUUGGGACAGUGAAGCAUUUUUCAUUAUUUUGUCUCUAUACUCCAAACGUUUGGAUUUGAAAUCAGACAAUGGCAAAGUUUAGACUGUCAGCGUUUUAAUUUGAGGGUAUUUUCAUUCAUAUAGGGUGACAGUUAAGAAAUUACUGCACUUUUUGUAUGUAGUCCUCCCAUUUUAGGGUACCAAAAGUGUGUAUUAAAGUAGUAAGUAUAUGUUCCCAUAUUCAUACCAUGCAAUGACCUCAUCAAGCUUGUGACUCUACAAAUUUGUUGGAUGCAUUUGCUGUUUGU